GGUACUGACUAUAAAUGCAGGUGACCUCUCAUUCUGAGAAGCAUCAGCAUCUUUGCAUCAACCUGUUGACUGCAAACCUGCCGCAUCUAAAAUUAAGAAAAGAGAAGAGCAACACCCGACCGAAGCCAUGAUGUCCACAUUAAAGAACACCAUGAGACCAGUUUGGGCUGUCAGAGGACUGCAUCGGUCUGCAGUGGAAGCCUUGGAGCGCCCUGCCCCGGAGGACACGGUCACAGCCAGCUACGGGAGGUUCAUCAGUAAAGUAAAGCCCCAACACUUGUCCCCCGUCGUGCUCCACCGCAGCAAAAGGAUGGUUCUGGACAGCAUCGGAGUCGGUCUGAUCGGUAGCACAACAGACGUGUUUCAGCUGGUCCUGCAGCACUGCCAGCACAUGUAUGCCCCUGAUCCCAUCAGCUCUGUGUACGGCCGCGGGGGCACCAGACUCUCCCCGACACUGGCAGCCUUCGUCAAUGGAGUGGCUACUCACUCCAUGGACUUUGAUGAUACGUGGCACCCUGCCACUCAUCCCUCGGGAGCGGUCCUUCCUGCUGUGUUAGCUCUCAGUGACAUGAUGCCUGUUAACAGUAAACCUAGCGGUCUGGACUUCCUGCUGGCAUUCAAUAUCGGCAUCGAGAUCCAGGGGAGAUUGAUGAGGUUCUCUGAUGAGGCCCACAACAUCCCAAAGAGGUUUCACCCUCCCACUGUGGUGGGGACCAUGGGAAGUGCGGCGGCGUGCGCUCGCUUCUUGUCUUUGGAUGACUCCCAGUGCGGUCAUGCCUUGGCUAUAGCUGCUUCUCUAUCAGGAGCCCCGAUGGCCAAUGCAGCCACUCAGUCCAAACCCCUUCACAUCGGUAAUGCCUCGCGCUUAGGGCUGGAGGCCGCUCUGUUGGCCUCCCAAGGCCUUGAAGCGAGUCCCCUGAUCCUCGAUGCCGUCGCUGGUGUCGCCGGCUUCAGCGCUUUUUACGAAGACUAUGUGCCGCAGCGUAUAGCCUCACCUGAGGCCGACGGCCACGUCUUUCUGCUAGAGGAGCAGGACAUGGGCUUCAAGCGCUUCCCUGCACAUCUGGGGAUGCAUUGGGUGGCAGACGCUGCAGCCUCGGUCCAUAAUCUUCUAGUGCGGGUCGGCACUGUUUCCCAAGCCAAAGUCCAAGAAAUCCUGCUCAGAGUACCCAAAUCAAAGUACAUCAACAGGCCGUUCCCUGAGUCUGAGCAUGAGGCCCGCCACUCCUUCCAGUUCAAUGCCUGCAGCGCUCUCCUGGACGGGGAGGUGGCCGUGCAGUCCUUCUCACCCGCUGCCAUGAGACGCCCUGACCUGCUGGCUCUGCUGAGCCGUGUCCACAUUGAGCAUCCCAAAGACAACCCGGCUAACUUCAACAGCAUGUAUGGCGAAAUCCAGGUGACACUGGUUGGGGGUGAGGUUCUGAGAGGACGCUGCAACACCUUCUACGGUCACUGGCGCAACCCGCUGACCAACGACAGCCUGAGGAAGAAGUUCAGAAGCAACGCAGGGGCUGUGCUCCCCUCAGAGAAGGUGGAGGCGCUGAUUGAUGUGGUGGAGGAGAUGGACAAGCGGGAGGACUGCAGCGCCCUUCUCUCACAUCUGCACUGACAGCUACACGAAUAGAUCACAUGCAAACACUGAAACAUCCCGUAGGCAUAAUGUUCCCUGUCAUUAAUCAUGUUCUGGAGAGAUUUAUAUUGUACCGUUUGAUUCAAUGUCUUUAAGAAAAAAGUUGUAAUGUGCAAUCUAGUUAAAUUGCAAAAGACAAUGAGAGAAUAUGUAGAUGAAGAAAUGCUGUAUCUUAUACUAUUUUUGGUGGUUUUAUAAAAUUGCUCA